GACAGCACGUGUGUGCCUGUCACGUAGUCGUAGCGGGCGGGCGACCGAGGCACGCGACAGCUCGGUGGCAACACUGGGCCCGCCGCGCGCCGCCGGUUCCGAAGCAGCUUUGAACGCGCGUCGCGACACGCAAGCCAGCGCGCUACCGUACCGGUCCCGACGCCGCCGCCGCCGCUGCCGCCUGAUGAACGACGGCCGUUAAUCUGUGUACGCGGUAACGUUUCGUGUCGUGCGUAUUGUGCGCUAGCGCCGCGUCCCGUGCAGUCGUCGAGUUCGAACCGUUUUGCCGCGUUUAUAGUACACGACAUACUGUUUUAAUCGGUUUUAUUUUUUUUUUUUUUUUAUUCUCUGGUAUAAUAAUAUUAUUAUUAUUGUUGUUGUUGUUGUUGUUGCUGUUGUCUUUCGGUGGUGUACCUCUACCGCCGAGUUAGUUUCGUCGUGGCGUCGUAGAGUCUACAACGGUAACCAAUAAUAACAAUAAUACACUAUUGUCCGGCGGUCAUAUAAAACACGACUAUUAUAAUAGUUAUUGAAUUAUUGUUAUUGUUAUUACGCACAGUGGAACUACGUGUGUUUUUUUUUAUUUCCUACUGUCGUCGUUACGCCACUGCGUCGUUCGCGGUACCGGAAAUUUUACACGGAUCUUCGAUCUGCCCGUCAAAUUUAUAAUUAAUAUUUGUUUUUAAGUAUUCUCGUUUUUUGUGUGAAGUUAUUUGUGUCGUUUCUCGCAUACAGUAUUAUUAUUAUUGUUUUACCCGUCGAUCGUCAAAUUAUUUAUUAUUGUCUCUUCUGCGUACAACUGGAUCUGGUGUUCACUACGAGUGUUUUGGAUUACAUAAAAAAAAACUUAAACAGUUAGGUGUCGAUGGUGUCGGACAUGAUAAUAACGCACCACGAAAACGCCAUGAAGGACAGACUGUCCGGAAAAUCACAUACCGUUUCAAUGCAAAUGACACCACACAUGAACACGGAGCAAUGCAAUAAUCUCGAAGGGGAAAUGCAACAGCUCACCGAGAGAACUGGAUCGCACCGAAAUCAGGCGAAGAAUAUCACCAAAGAGGACCCAAUGUCACAUCGUAUAAUAGAAAAACGGCGACGCGAUCGAAUGAAUAAUUGUCUAGCUGAUCUGUCACGGCUCAUACCAGCCGAAUACAUGAAAAAAGGUCGAGGCCGAGUUGAAAAAACCGAAAUAAUUGAAAUGGCAAUCAAACACAUGAAAUAUCUCCAAUCUAACGUCUGCUCGACGGUAGAAAAUCAGCCACCACCAUGUAGUACAGAAGAAUCUACGGAACCAGUGGAAAUUGAAAAGUCAGAAAAUUCCACCCCAGGAGAACCCGAUAACUCCAUUUUGAUGCCAGACCAGUACAAGAUGGGGUUUUUGGAAUGUCUAACAGAGACCAUGCAGUAUCUCGUCGAGGGACACGGGUAUCCGCCCAACCACGGAUUCUGCUUGUCGCUUAUCAACCACUUGCAACAGCAUUGUGCUCAAAUUGUCAAAGGGAAACAAGUGAUCCAUGACGUGAUGAAACAAGAGGUUAUACUAGAAGUGAACAAAUUCAACGCAAACGUGCUAACAUACCUGGACGGGGACGGGGCCUACGACGAGAGCGGUCAACAAAAAAAUUCUUCAACGAACUCAAAGUCUCAUACGUCAGUUAACACGUCAUACGAUCAGACACUGACGGACAAGUGCAGUAUGUCGUUCACAACAGACUCGUAUUCAUCCAGCGGGUCCAUGUACAAGUUCAAGACGGACAUCAAACAGCGUUUCAGCGCCGAGAACAGUGGCGAGGACCUGGCCGAUUACUAUGAGCCCGCAAAGAAACGAUGCCGGAAAGAAUCGUCCGACUGUACUGAAGAUAGACAAGAGGUGCCGAUAUUCGCGCUGCACGCCAACGGGUCAUAUUAUAUACCAUUAACAGUCAAUAGGGACAUCAUACCACCCGUCUUGGACCACGCGCUGACCGAAAACCGUUCGUCGGUCAUCGUUCACCCGAUAUCGAUUUCGGUCAACUUCCAAGCGACUAAUCAGUUUUGAAUAAUGGCGUAAUCCCAACUGGCGGUCGGAUCACGACACCGAUACAAUGCGGGGGCGGGGUUGUCGACUAUACUAUACCAAUACAACAAAUAACGACGUAUUGGAACAACAUUGUACAUGUCCUCAGCCAUAAUAUAUGUUUCGCGAUUUUUGUAUUCUCGGUGCAGCUUAUUAUUGGUACACGUGCGUGGUUUUGUUUUAUUCAAAUAAUACGUCUUGGGCUGUGAAACUCGCCCAAAAAUGUCGUAUAGCCACACUUGGGUAGAAAAUCGAUCAUAACAAUUAUAAUUUUAUAUUAUACAUGAUGGCUUAUUUUUUACGAUUCUGAAUAGUUUAAUAUUUCAAAUCGAAAACUACGAAUCAAUGAGUAAAUAAUAUUGUAAUUUGAAUUCAGUGGACGCUACAUAUAUAUGAAUAUAUAUAACCUAAUUAUUUUUAUCAAUGUUAACGCUCAGAAUAAUAAAUACUUCAAAUUUUCAAUAAAUGAAAAAUUGUCAAGAACCUCUAGAUCCCUGUUUCUUCCUGUUGCGGCAAUAUGUACCCAGACGCGCCAUCGCCUGUGUCUUGGGAAUAUGACCAUGGACCGCCAUCUUAACGUUGAUCAAUAUAUUGUCGGUGUCGUGGUACCAUUAUAAAUUUGUAUGUAACUUUGUAUGUUACUUUUUAAGUGUAUAAUAAAUAUAAUGAUUAUAUUAUUACCAUUAAUUAUUUAAGCAUUUCCUAAUUUCCUAUACAGUUAGGUAUUGUACAUUUUUUUUGUAAAACUUAAGUUUCAUUUUUUUUUCAUAAAAUAUUAUUAUGUGUAUGUAUUGAAAAUUGAAACCAAUAAAUUUAAUAUAGAUUGUUUAA